CGCUUGCGCCCGACAGCCUGUUACAGGCUCCACUCGGGAGAGAUCAUUGUCUUUGUUUCUUGCAUCACCUCCUCACUCGGAGCGACGUGGUCGGUUACGCCCUAAACUCGGUCACGGGGUGGGUGGUGGUGGGGGGGUCGGCUCAGGAUUCCAAAGUUCAGCCAGCUAGCAGCAACAGCGUCAGCAGCCUCGAUCGAGUGAUGUCGACACACUUGCUUCGGACUUUGUCAAAACAAUGCUAGUUGCCGUCAGGCGGGCCGGCGUAGACGGCUGAGUGUGGGAUGCACGCACGCGCAGGGCUGUCAUGACAGAAGGGGUCUAAAGCCAAGAAUUUCGGAAGCGCCUCCCGUUCACCUUGCCGCAAGACGUCUCACGCUGUAGGCAGGUGACUGGCGGUCGCUCGCAUUCCAAGAGUCCGUGCGGCCGACGCACCGUGAAGCGUGCCGAGAGUUGCACCGCGUUAGAUAUCCACCAUACCGUCAUCGUCGUCAUUCACGGUCAUGGGUAUCAGCAAAGAGCUGCAGCGGGACGACGCCAAGGUCGGCGGCAAGGGCUUUAAGAAGCUGUUCUCGCUGCGCCGAGCCAAGAAGGGUAGAGAGAAGCAGCGAGAGGAGCAGGCGCAGGUGGAGGAGCAGGUGGAGGAGCAGGUGGAGGAGGAGGAGGGGGAGGAGGAGGAGAGUGGAUCUCGAGGGCUCGAGAACAGCGCAUUCGCUCCGCGGGACCGUGAGCUCGGGGGAGACGCGGGGCAGCCCGGCUGGCAGGCGGUCUGGGCUGACGGCUUCCACGGGCAGGGCACCCCCGGGGGUGCUCGGGCCAGGCUGGGCAACAUCGCCGCGCUGCCCGACAGGUACGAGCAGCUGGUGACGGACGAGGAGAAGGAGGAGAGGAGGCGGAUGAAGAAAGAGAAGCACAAGAAGUACAGGAAGAACGUGGGCCGGGCCCUGCGGCGUGGCUGGACCUACUUCGUCACGGGCCUCACCUCGGCCACCAAUUUCUACGUCUCUCCGUGGGCGGCCGCCUCCGUCAUAAGGACGUCCCGCUAGUGGCCUGCGACCUCCACCCACCCACCCACCUCAACCGGACGUCGCCUUCACUUCCAUUGCUCCAACGGUCAACGAUCCACUUGCGGGCAGUUGGGGUGAGCGUCCGACACCGGAGGAGGAUUACUGAAGGGGCGUCAGUGGCUCACUCCUGCGAGAAGUUCCAUAAUCAGCCCGCGUCUUUGCCAAAGCAUUGAAAUGUGUUUUACAGAAUGCAAUGAAUUGAUGAAAAAAAAUCACCGCAGCUUUGUUUUUUCACCCUGCCAUUCGCAUGCAAGGGUGGCACACAUCUUAGCUCAAAACGAUGAUUAACGAACGCUUAAAAUGUUGUGGCAGAGGAAGGUGAGGUUAACGCUCGUGUCCGAGUACUGGGCCAGGCCUGGUCAGAUUCUGCGGUUGAGUGUGGACGGGCACUUGGUUUCUAGUGUGCGGUGAGUUACGUGGUCUCAGCCCGUUCUCCAAUGCACAAACACUGUACAGUAUUUCGUCUUUCGCUUAAUUUGGUUUAACAUUUCUGUGUUUUGCUAAAGCGCACAAAUAAAACACUGUGCUGUGUAUGAGAUGAAGGGGGUGAGUGGUGGCGCAGUGGUUGUGUCGCACUGCAAUACGACGAUGAACCCAGCAAGUUCGAGUUUGAUUCCCGGCUGGGGUGCUACAUACCAUACUAUGGGUAUAGCUGUGGCUUAAACAGCACCGCACAGACUAAAAACGAAUACAUUUUUAUUGUUUUAUUUCAUACGUAGGCUUUCACGACGGACACUACGAUUCAUCAUUAGUUUCUUUUGGGUUAGGUCGCAGUGAAGAAAUGUGUCGUAAAAUCUUCCUCCCCCCCCCCCAGCGCAGCCGAUUCAUAAAAAGUGUCACGUGAAUGGAACGUGGCAAAUUAAUGUACCGUUUAGCACCACACUGGUUUGUGUUGCUGCAGCAGCAGUGAAUGUGCAACGUUUGAGUCAUGUGACACUUGCAUUAAUUGUCCGCGUCGGGUGGAGGAGGUUUUGUUUUUUUACGAAACGAAUUUUUACGCCGCCUAAACCAAAACAAGCCAGUUGUGUUCACAAGCGAGAAUGAUUAUACACGUGGAAAAUGUGUGUUGGGACAAUGCGAUCAGUCGGAUUGGGGCUCUCCGUGAGAGAUGCUGACGAUAGCGCAAGGGCUGAAAGCAUCCGCCGUGGGCAUCAAUCAUCAGCGAUGAGGAUGACACCAGAUAGACAGACACUGGCACAAACAAAGAUACUCCGUUUGCCUGUAACAGACUAGUGGGGCAAGGGCUUUGAGCGAGCACCUAUGAAGGCCGGCACGGCACACGAGGGGGUGGGUGGCCAACACCACGCCCGGCCGCCUUUGUCUCCCCAGUGGUGAUGUUUAAACGCCAUACACAAAGUACUUAU